AUGAUUCCUCUCGAGUCGUCUGCCAAUUCCCAUGAUACGAUAGAAUUAUCUGACGUUCAGAUUCAGGAAUUGAAACAAAGUCCAACAGGCUAUUGUAAUAAAUUGAAAUGCGAAAGAUCGUUAUGCGGAGGCGGAGAGAGGGUCAAGUUGACCACGUCUGUGGACACGCACGUGAUCACCGACGUAACUGGAGGAUUCGCGUGCGUUUAUCCCGCAGGGUAUAAAAGGCUAGAAAAUACGCUGGAAAGUUGCAGUUCUCACCUGGCCGCCUUAAAUACCGUAAUGGGAAAGAUGAGGAUCAAGGUCAGCAUCGCCUUGACCAUCGUGUUGGCCGUGGGCCAUCGAUCACGGGCCGGCGUGAUACCUCUGGAAGAAUCUUUCCACGAGCAACACGACACAUCCGACGAAGCAACUCUGGGUCAACAGGGUCCGUUGGCCAGCUCGUACGUGCAGUUUCACGGACCCGUCGAGGGCCCCGAGUUCGAAGUGAAAGUUCCAUACAUGGUGCAUCACGGUGACAGUAAUCAUUUGCACGGGCAAGAGCAACAGAACGGGUAUACGUUCGACUACGUGGCUCAUCCGAAGUACGAGUUCUCGUACGGCGUGGAGGAUGAGCAGACUGGUGAUUUUCACUCGCAGAAAGAAUCUAGGGACGGAAGCAGCGUGUCCGGUCAGUACAGCGUGAAGGAACCAGGAGGCAGCAUCCGAGUCGUCAGCUACCGCGCCGACAAGAACGGAUUUCACGCUGUGGUGCACACUUCCGGCAAGAACGACCAUUCCGCCGGUAUACACCACGGUCAAGGCCGGACUAGGGGUCACGAGCACCAAGUUCCAAUGCAACAGGAACAACAGGAACAACAGGAGGCGCACGAUUACGCUUCGUAUAACGAGAACGACGGAUACUGAUGCAUUCGUGGAUGAUUAUGCAUUGUACUUCGUACCUGGACGCGAUAUCUUCGGGUUCCCCGGUUCCUCGCAUACCAAAGCCUUCCUACA